AUUUAAAAAUUUCGGUUUUGUUGAUGUCAAGCUUUGAACGGGUGGUUUUUAUUAGAAUUUGUAUAAUCAGAAGCUUUUAUUAUCGCGAUAAAUCUUUAUUUACGAAAUAAUAGUCAUUAUUUGGGGACAAAGUAUGUUAAUUGUAUGAAUUGUGAUAAUUAUUUGCUUUAUAAACUUUUAACCAUGGAUCCUUUCACUCAACGUAUGUUAGAAAGAGCGAAGGCUAGACAGGAGAAAAUCGACCAAAAACUUGCAAAUUCCGGUCAGACAGUACCAAAACGAAAACCUUUAUCAGAGAACAUAAGUGUGAUCAAAACUCAGUCUUCCCCGGCUAAAUCUCCAGCCAAACCGGCACGGGAGUCCAUUACCUCCCCUCGGAAGUCGGUAAAAUCAGAAACUCCCGUAAAAACUGGAAAUAAAAGACAGAGUGUACAGAAAAACGAACCAGCCGUCGUGUCGUUAGUUCAAAAGCCUCGAAACGAUGUUGUGGUGACGAAGAAAGAGUUUAAAAGCCCUAGAAAGGGCAGUAUUACUAGACGGAACUCUGAUGUGUCUGUGGAGAUAAACAUAUCCCAUAGAAAUGACAUACAAAUAGAAGUGCAAGUGGAAGAGAGAGACGCUCCUAUCAGUGUGAUGUAUGAUUCGCAAGCGCAGAAGGGGAACAAUGUUAUAAUAACUGAAAUUGAAAAUGACACAUCCAAGAAAUUGGAGAAGAUAAUGGCAGAUGACAUGUCUGAGCAGAAAUCAGACAAAGCUGCUCUGCGGCACAACUUCAAGUCAAGACUGGAUAGACUUCGGCAAUUUGUAUUCAGACAAACCCGAGUUGUCGUCGCCUAUACACCGAACGGAGUCUGAGUUCUCGGCCGCGACGCCGCCGCCCGCCUACAGAGAGCCGCGGCAACACGACGGCAAGAAGAAGUUCGGACGACUGGCCGCACUGGCGGACCAGAUCAACAACUGGGAGGAUGAUCUGUCGCAUCAUAGUUUUCAUCCAGAGCCUGUGAAGAAAGGCUCAAAACCAGCUCCACCCAAGAACAAGCUCGAGGAGUCGACGCUCGACGUGUCGAUACACUCCAUAAAGGACAUCAACAAAGUCCUGCAGUCCACCACCACAAAGGCUAGACAGCCUUCGAAGUUCAUCAAGCCAGCGUCUCCAAAGAAACAGGCAGUAAACGAGUGCCAGCGGUUAGAGAAGCAGAUUGUUGCUGAAUUGGAAGGCGAGGGGUUCCGGCGCGUCUCCGCGAGCCAAUCGCGGCUCGUGUACGACUUCGCAUCGACGGCACACGCCGAUCCCGUCCGACAGGAGCCGAAGCGCGCAUCGACUACCCCCAGUGACGAUUCAGCCCCCAACAUGGCCGCUAUGGUGGCGACGCCGGCUCAUCCGCCGAUUGCUAAAAAACCAUCGAUAAAAAAAUACCGGGCGCCGACACCGCCCAGCAAGGUUUACGCCGACGACGAGUGUGAAAGUGAAAAGGACAAAGAGAACAAUGACGUACAGAAGGAGGAGAAUGACAAUGAUUGUGUACAAACAAAGCCGAAAUCGGCCGAUGACCCGCCGGUUCAGGACAAGAGCUCGCCUAUGGUGAAAAAGUUCGCGCCCAAGUUGAACGGGAAUGUGGAUCGCAGUUCUGUGUUGUCGAAAGCGGCGAUGUUCGAGGCGGGUAGCCCUAAAACAAAGGAGAAGGACCCCGCCGAGAUGUCGCUGCGCGAGCGUAAAGCGCUGUUUGAGAAAAAUAAAGGUGCAGCGAUCGUGCCCAAGGCGCCCUUCGGACUGGCACCCUCCGUGAAAACACUGCACGGCGACAACAAAGACAAACCAAAACCGCUGGGGCAUAAUAAAAACUCAACUCCUACAAAGAACUCCAGGAGUAACUCCAAAGACAACAUUCCUGAGGACAAUAUUAGUCAGAGUUCUGUAGGCGGAGGUAUAAAGGGUAAAUUGGCAGCGUUGUUUAGUAAGGAACAGACGAUCAGCGAAUCAUCGAUUGCCAAUAAGUUUAAACAAGAGAAAGAGAAGGACAUGGAGAUGCUGCAGAACCGGUUCCCUUUUAAGCAACCAACAAUUCAUCAAAAACCUGACCACAAUGAUUCUGAAGAUGAACACAGUGAUCACGAUCCGUCUGAGAAAGCACCUCUCAUGGGCAGCACGACUAGUUUAGCUCAAGCUAACAAAAAACCUGAGAUCAUAGGUAACGUGCCGAAGGUCACCUUUGAUGACAAAGCCAAGGCAGCGGCGAAUCAGGACAAAGAGGCUGAAAAGGAGACUGAUAGGGUUGUUGGAUCACAGCCUGUUAAGAGAAGAAGCUCGCAAGACUCACCGGUGGUACUAUCGGUAUUAGACGACGUGAAAAGGAUAAAAGUUAAUAACAAAAAGGAACAAGCAAACGGACACACGAACGGAGCGAUUGUCCAGCAACCUGGACUGUAUCCGCACUUAUCGGAUAUCGAAACGGACCAUUCGAACAGCCAAGAGGAGUAUUCCGACUGCGGCGGAUCAAGCGCGGACGACCCAACCGAAAAUGUGAACGAUAAUCUAAACAAAUCGGACAAUUGGGCAGAAACAUCAUUCGGCAGAGAAAUUAUGAGCGUUGUAAAAAAAAACAACACGAGCUACAAGAAGGCGGUGCGCGAGAGCAGCGACUCUGAAAGCGAGGGCGCGUGCGACAGCGAGCUUGACGACAUGCUGGACGAAGCUCUGAAUGAAGAGAGCGAAGGACCCACACCGCCUAAGGUGAACAAGCACGGCACCAUGUCCUCAUCAAGUUUCGUGUACCAGGAGAGGUCGCAGUUCACUUCCCCGCUGAAGACUCAGGCGGCGCGCGUUGACAAGGGCGCCGAGUUGGUGCACAGCGUCAGCUUCUACAGGCGGAUGCAGAAUGCUUCUACCCCCUCCACACCAAUGCGCGUGGUGCGUCACUCGUCGCCGGAGCGUGAGGUCCCGGCCACGCCCAACGAGCCCGCGGCCGCCGUGGUCACCGUGCGCCAGCGCAUCAAGGAACUGCAGAACGAGAUAUCCAAACAGCAGACUGUUAUAUCGCAGGCGAGUCAAGCUUUGAAUUUAUGCGCAGCGACCAUAGAAUUCAGCGGAUCCACUGAACAGGCGGAGGGCGAGAGGCUGCUAUUGUUAGCAAGCCACCGGCGCCAGGCGUGCGUGCACGAGAUGCAGCGCCUGCAGGUGGAGGGCGCGGGCCCCGCCGCCACCGAGGGCAUGGCCUCGCUCCACAUCAACGGGCUUAGCGUGCCGCUGCGCAGGGACUACGUGCGGCAGCUUAAUGCCGACGGUGCGGUGGGUCACCACGCGGUGUGCCUGCUGAAGUGCCGCGACCGCGUGCUGGCGACCAGCAUGCAGCUCACGCAGCCCACCGGCGCGCAGCUGCACUUCCCCGACGAGAUACGGAUGCUGGGACUCACUAGUGAUUUUAAGGUGACGGUCGAAGUGUACCUGCUGCAGGCAUCUAAAGAAGUGUUACCACACGAAGUUAAAUACCACAUUUCAAGUAAAAAGUCGAGUUCAAAGCUGCUGACGCCGAAGUCGAAGGUGUCGGAGCUGAAGGCGCCGCGCGUGCAGUCGCCGGCCGGCCCGCACUCCGUCCGCACGCCGCAGUUCGCGCUGCACGGAUACUGCAUCUUCGCACUGCCGCAGGCCAGCAGGAACAACUUCACGCUCAACAAGGUGCCGCACGGCAGCCCGUUGGAGGGCAGCGUGCAGAUGAAGAUCAGCGCGUCGGUGCGCGUGCAGGCGCCCGCGCCGCACGCCGCCUUCCUCACCGCCUUCGACGACGUGUCGGGGCUCGGCGCCUGGCACCGCCGCUGGUUCCGGCUACAGCCGCCCACGCUGGCGUACUGGAAGUACCCCGACGAUGUGCACAAGAAGAUGCCAAUUGGCGACAUAGACCUCACAACAGUGGUAUCUGAAAAAGUAAUAAAAGCACCCCGGGACCUCUGCGCGAGACCCAACACUCUACUCCUGGAGUCCGCGAUCCCGGCGGGACUGAUCGUUCCGGACAACGGAUCUCUAGUCUACGUGAAGAAAGCCGACGGGACUUUAGUCAGAAGGCACUUAUUGGCCGCCGACACGCCCAAAGACCGAGAUAUUUGGUUGGAUUGUCUGAAUAAGGCUUUGGAGUAUGUCAGAUGUUGUGGUACUGAUGAUGAUUAAGGAUUAAGUAGGAUGUUGACUACGACGCUUGUUUGUUAACACAUUGACUGCGACGGCAAAAUAAUGUAUCUACCAGUGCGACCGCCACAGAGUGUGUCCCGCACUGUCGUAUUGCUGCGCGAUGCGAGUGAGCAAGACAGUUGUAGUUUAGUUUUUUUUUUUAACCAGUUGUGUGCUAGUCGCAUGCGCGUUGCGUCCAAAAAAUAAACUUAGCCGUAGUCAAUGUGUUAAUAUUUUGGUGAUGAAAAAUAUGUUUUUUUUUUUUAUAUCGUCUUUAUAAUGUCUACGUAUUUUAUACUACAUUCAAAGGAGAAAAAAAUAAAUCCUCUUUUAAUUAAGACAUAUCUGUUACACCAAAUAGUGAUUAUUGAAAAGAAGGCAGAUAUUUGUUUGUAUUAUUUUUUUUGCUUCCCUGAAUGCAUUAUAAAAGAUGUUUUCGUUGUAAUUUAAAUGGGUACGAUGCGACAUCGUUUUUAAAUUGCGUGAGUUAUAUUAAUAAUUCCGUCUCACCUUUAAGUAAAAUCUCAAGUAGGCAUUUAAUGUAUUGGACUAUUAAAUAAACCAGACCUGAGCUAUCGCUUAAGCUUAAUCUAUAAACGCAACUCAGCUGCCAAAAUCCGUCACAUAUUGAGACAUAAUCAUUUGAGCGGAUGUUAAUAUAGGUUUAUUAAAUAUGGACUAUCUUAAGAUGCCGACCUUAGUUUGACACCAUCUCAUCUGACAUCGCACUUGAGAGCGAAAUUUGAGUUGCUUUUAAUAAUACGGCCCUAAUACUUAAAAUAAAGGCCUUCGCACUUCAUUCAGCAUUCACUUGAUCGAACCAAAAUGUACAGUAUGUACCACGACACAAAGAUUAUAUUCUAAUGCUCAGACGAAUUGAUAAGAGUUCUACGUAUACUAAGACUCUGAGCGUUCAUUUCUGCGAUAAAUAAGUAAUCGCAUAACGGAUUGGAAAAUACACGUUUCAUUAUUAAACAUACCAAUUAAAGCAAAAUGUUUUCCGAAUAUCGUUGACAAAAGCAAUGACUUUUUAGCAUUGACUUUAUAUGUAUCUUGUGGUAGACUUACCAUCUGUACGUUUAGUAAAAAUUUUCGCAUUAUAGUAAAUCAUUUGCAUCGAGUAACUUGAUGUUUACGUAUUUCUCUAGACAAAACUAUAAGUCAAAAAGAGAUUAUUUCUGCUGAUCCUCUUACAUAUAGAGUUUAUGGUUACACGUUACUAUUCAGAGUUUACACGCGCGCGAUGAUGUAUUUUAGUUCCAAAUACGCUCACAGGGCGCUGUUAAAAUUUCCAUACAAAAAUUUACCUAAACGAAACGUUUACGUUAACCGUUCGAUUACGCGUAAAUUCGGGCUAGGUGAGUAUUCUAGCCUUGCCAUAUUGAAUAUUAUAUACGUAUCAGGUGCGCAUAAUUAUGUCGACUGGCGAGGGAUAAUCAAUCGUCUUUCGUCAAUCGAUACUACCUGGCUGGACCAUUUACCAUAAGCACAGUGGAAUCACCGUCAUCCCUAUGAUGAUGUAUAAAAAAAAAAAACAGUAUUGAUAGAAAAGUAUUGCGUAGCAUUUGUACUUAAUAUUGCAAUAAAUUUUGUAUUGAAUUCUUGGUAUGCACUUUAGAUGGCUCUCAUUUAUUUACUACCUUGUUCUAAUACAUAAUAUUUUUUUCGAACAGAAAUAUUAUCUAUGAAAGUAUUACACCACUUUUUUUUUUUUUUUUGGGUCGCCAGUUGGUAAUGCAGUAAAAACAAAAGAAAGCAAACACUCAAAUCAUACUACUCAGUAUGAAGGAUUACUAUAUCUUUCAAACCAGACACUAAACAAGAAUAUACGAACUAAUAUUUUCGGGACGGCAUUUUGAGAGCACAGUAUGUAAUUUUACUUUUUACCGCAGAAAAUGAAUACUUAUCACAAAUAUAUCAUGACACUAUGUUGGCACCGCCAUACUUAAUCAUAUUUGUACUUUGGGACCAAGUUACCCCUAACGGGACCAAUUUACCCCAUAUGGGACCAAUUUAGUUUGUUAAGGUACUGGUUUCCGAAUUUUAUCAAUAAUUUGUGUUUUAUUGUAUUAAGAAUAUUUACAUUAAAGUUUUACAUUUAAAAAUAUAAUUUAACAUUUAUUAUUAUUUAAUAUAUUUCUAACAGCUUUGUACGCUUUGAUUCUUUUUAUCAUCAGCCUUUACUAAUUUAGGGGAACCCUUAUCUGUGCUAUUAACAGAGAAAGCUAAAACAGGCAAAUUUUCCACUAGGGAUUACAAUACAGAAAACUGGAUUCGUUAUUUUGGCGAGACCUUUGACAUAGACCUUUUCCGGAUCCGGUAACAGUAGGUGCGACCGAAUUGAAAUUGACGUCGGAUUGCAUUUUCUUUAUUCUCUAAAGAUGUACGUUUUACUAGGAGUCCUCUAAAAUUAUUAUAAUGACAGUAAAUUUAUUGAUAAAAUUAGCUUUAGUAUGACUGAUUUGUUUAGCUUUAAUAUUGAUGUGUGUUUACGAUAAAUUUGUUACUAAUAUAAUUCUUACGUUUAUGACUAAUAUUGAAGAGCACAAAAACCGCAAGUGGUGUUAUAAAUUUAGUGCCAUUCUAAAUUUUACAAUUUCAAUCGUAAUAUUACUUUUAUUUAACGACAGAUUAUCGCUGUCUUCGGAUCGAAUGGAGCAAUCAAAAUGUUUGGAAUGCUUUCAGAUAACUUAUUUUGAUUAAUUUAAUCUUCCCAUUGAUCCGAAGUUAGGAAUUAUAGUUCAAUGAAAUCAGCCGUAAAUGCUACCCCCAAUCUACUUGUUCGGUCUGAAGUUAGCUUUACUACCUUCUGUCACGCCUAUCUGACGAUUUCAACAAACGAUCCCAAUCGCUUUUUUUUCGAUCUAUCUCAAAAAUUUACCAAUCGGAACAAAGAUUUUUUGAUAUACUCACAAAUAUCAUAUUAAUUGGUUCAUUCUCGGGAUCGAAUCGAAGAUUGAGAUUGGGUUUUUUUUAUUGAUUUCAGCUAAUAAUCGCUAUCGUUAUGGUAUGAAUUGUAGUCCAUGUCAUGUAGAAUAUAUGAAUGGUAGAUGUUAAAAUCCGCCAUUAUGGGCUACGUAAAUGUCGCGUUUCGGGGUCAGCCUGACGGUUCAAACGAGCCGGCAUAAUUGUGUCGACGAGCGAGAGAUAUCACCUGUCGUCAGUCGACAUCCUCUAUGGAUCCCACUCCGCUCACCAUCAGGUGCAGCGGGUCACUUUGGAAUGCCCGUAUGUAGACACACAUGAGCUCUUGCAGUAUCGUGAAGUUCAGAAUGAACACAAUUUUUAUCAAAAGUAAUGCUUAACUAUGUUUUAAUUUGUUUUAAAGUGCCCACCUAUAUAAAUAAGUAAUGUGUGCUUACUUAUAUUUAGUACAAAUAUAUUCGUAGAUGUAAAAGGCUUUUUCGAAACGAUUGCACAGUUAAAUAUAUUUUUUAACUUUCAUAUAAUCAUAGUUUUACAAUUUAUUUUAAACGUUAUAAACCGUAAUUUUAAUACAUUCACUCAUGUUGCUUAUUUUCUAAUUUAAAUACUGAAUAUAUUUUGUUGGAUGGGGUAACCCAUACUAAAAACUCGAGGUUAGGGAAAUAUUAAUUCUAAAUUAAAAUUAUUUUCCAAAAUAUCGGGAAUAUUAGCUUAAUAGGUAUCCCCAGUAUUGUGAGUGAGCUGACGAUUAAUAUUUCAAUAAUAAAAGUAUUUUAAUUAAAUUACCAGUUGUUCGGUGACAUUCUAUUGAUAUUUUUCUAUUCAUUUUGAGUUUACGUAUUAGAUAUUGUAUUUAUUAUGUUGUGUACCACAUUGUUAGCUAAGAAAGACGGCAGCACAUUAGUAAUAUUUGUCAAUAUAUUACGUAAAUGUCAUCCCAUUUUAAUAUGACGCCCUGGAGGCAGAAAGAACUUUGAAGCACUUAUAAACGGUUGGAAUCAAUGCAUGAUCCCAAACGCUAUCUGCGGAUCGAUCUCGAGGGUAAACCAAUCAUAAAGUAAUAUGCAUGUAAUAACUUCUGAUUGGUUCAUUUUGAGAUCCAUUCGAAGGUAGAUAUUAGGAUCCUCAUCGACAUAGGGAAUCAUAAAAUGGGUUAUUUAUAAAAUUAUGUUACCUUGAUUGUACGCUAAUCAGAAGCUUUAAAUUUUUGACAGCGAAAUACUAGCAUUGUCGUCGCAAUAACAUUUUAAUGUAACGGUAUUUUAUGGUAUACUUGUAUAUAAAAUCAAUUUAAUCAUGCAAUAAAUGUAUUUUUAGUA